UCUCAACAACAUCGCCCGACAUGAGCAAGAAUGCGGGGUCUCUAGACCUCGCCCGGCAGCUCGUAUUAUCGCUGCGUCCCGACACGAAGGAUGCCGAUGCAACCGCGCGCCGCGUCGCGACACAAGUCCGCGCCCACGCGGGCGCCAGCAUGCGGAAGGAGUGGCACGAAGUGCGGCGCACGCUCAAGGAGUUGGCGGGGGUCGCGCGCGUGCGGGUGGAAGACGAUGUCGCGGACGCGUAUGACAAGCUCGUUGCCAAGCUCGAGGAACACCGGCGGCGGGGCGGCACACAGUGGGACGAAGACUUGCCGCUGCAAGCCUCGACUAUCCCGCAGCAUGUCCACUUUCUCCUCGAGCUCGCGCAGCCGAUGGACGAUGAUGUGCGCGAAUUCGCCGCGGAAUAUUUGGUGCGCCCGCCACGCGCCGCUGACAAGUCGGAUAUGCGAUUAUAUCGCGAGAUUAUGGCCGCGCCGUUCGAGGGCGAACACUGGGGACCGGGGUAUGAGGAAGCAUCGGACGAGGAAUGGUCGGAUAGCGAGAGCGACGGGGGCUCGACGCCGAGCGAGGAGGACGUCGUCACGCCAGCGAAGUCGACGCGGAGUGCUGCGGCUCAAACCGCGCGCCAGGCCGAGGCAGCUAGGAGAGCAGAGGAGGACGCCCGUCUGCUUCUCGCCAAGCUUCAGCUGCGCGAGCUGACGGGCGCCGCGUACUGGAAGACGGGCGGUGAUCCCCUUCCGUCCUCCGACGGAGCGUACGGCUGGCGCGCUCUGUCCUCUCUUCCUGCACUCGCGUCGCCCGCACUCCCCCGCCACGACCGCGCAAUCAGCGCUGCACAACUGCAGCGCGAGCUGCUCUUUGCCUUGAGCGGACGGCCCGGAGUUCUCCUCACGUUCAAUCUCAACGAAUGCUCGGUAGGAGUGUAUGGACAGGGCCCGCUGACGCAGAUCGUGCCCAGUCACCCCGAAGUAGCCUCCUUCAGCCCCGCUGCGCUGCAGGGCAUUCUCUCCACCUUUGCGGUCUACGCAACGCAGGCGGCGCGCUUGCGCGCAUACGUUCAAUCGCCGGGUGCCAGCGAGACCGCUCAAGCGUUCGCGGCGGCCUGCCGCGGCGUCCUGCACGACGUGACCACGUGGGUCGCUGAGCGCGAAGCAGCGUUUCUCGGCAGCUCUUCCCAGAGCGUAUCGACGCCGCUGGCCCUGCAGCGCGAAUUCGCGCGCUUCGGAGACGUCCUCGCCGCACUGUGUGACCUCGUCCCUCUAACUAAUUCACCCCUCGCCCUCCUCGACGCACUGUACAGAGCCACGAUCUCGCCCGUGGCGCGUGACAUCCGGCCCCAGCUCACAGACGUGUUCGCGCGCGCCGCAGCCCCGAUGUGGCGCAUGACGGGCGAGUGGCUCGUCCAAGGCAUGCCGGUGCCCGAAAGCCUGGCGAGCCAAGAAGCCGACCUGGCGCUGCAAGACGACGACACGGAGCGCGCGCUGCCCCCCGAAUUCUACAUCCAGCGGGACCGCGACGCGGCGUGGAUCGACGAGGACUUCUGGGACGCCGGGUUCGUGGCGCCCGCGUGGCCGGCGUGGCUGCGCGAGCACGCCGUGCUGGAGGGGGGCAAAGCGCGGGGCCUCCUCCGCUCCCUGCCGGCCGAGGGGACACAUGCGGGCGAAGCCGAAGCGUGGCGCAGCUUGCCGGACCUCAUCUCCGCUGACCAGGAUAUCGGGGACGCGCUGUGCGCGUUCGUGGCCCCCAUUUGUGGGCGCGCGCAGUCGCUGCUCGCCGCGACGCUCGCGCGCGAGUGCGGGCUGCACGCGCACCUCGCCGCCAUCGACGGGCUGAGCCUCAUGCGCGCCUGCGACGUGCUGGAUACAUGGGCGGACUGGCUGUUCAGGCAGAUGGCGGCGCGCAAGCCGUGGGCCGACUUCCACUUGCUGACGCACGCGAUGCGGGACGCGAUCGAAGGCGCCGGCGCGCACUGGAUCAACCCCGCGUCCGUGCGUGUCCGCACGGCGCGCCGGCGCGCCGCGAUCACAGACAUUCGCGUGGACUACCUCGUCCCCUUCCCCCUCUCGCAGGUGUUUACGGCCUCGGCGCUCGAGCUGCGCUCGGACGUGUUCGGGCUGCUCCUCCGCCUCAUGCGGGCGCGCAAGCUCCUCCGCGCCCGCCACAAAGCGGGCGCGGACGUGCUGCGCGUGCGCCACGCCGCCUCGUGGGCGAUGGACACGCUGUGGGCGUGGAUCAACGCGGCGCUCGAUAUUCUCAGCGCGCGGCACGCCGCCGCGAUGGCCGGGGCGAGCUUCCACGCCCUCGUGACGCUCGAGCUCGAGCACGGCCGCCGGCUGUGCGCGACAUGUUUCCUCCAUCCCUCUACGGACGCGGCGAUGCUGCAUGUUGCGGGCAUACUGGACGCCGCGGAGGCGGUGUGCGUCGCGAGCGCGGGCAUGGCCUCUACGUGGGACACCGAGUCGGAGGGGUACGAGAGCGAGGGCGGGCGUAGUGGAUGGUCUGAGUCGGGCAGGUCGGGCCGCUCCGCCACCUCUGCGUCUGAGGCGAGUUCGGAGAGUACGGUGCGCGCAUGGGAUGGGAGCCUUGAGCGCGCGGCGGCCAGUCUUGGCGCGCAUGUGCGCGGACUCAUGGAGGUCGUGGAGGGGUUGGCGGGGCGCGAGGGGGACGCCGCGGCGCGCGAGAUGUGGGGCAUGCUUGUGUUUGCGCUGCAGGACUGGAAGGAUGUGUUGUAUGUAGCAUAGGAUGUAAGUGUGCGGGGGAAGAUAGCCGGAUGAGGGUGAGGUGAUGGUGGUGACGAGAUGGGUUUGGGCGGUGAGCAGGGUUAGCGGGGUGAUGAUUUUGCGCAUUUCAUGG